CCCAGCAGUCGCAAAGCAUAUAGCGCGGGAUAAAACGAAAGCUUAUGAGUAAUUGGACAUCCUUCCUUCAUUUCUGUCAAAGGAGAUAAAGCAGAUGCUUCAUGCGGAAUGGAAGGAGAUUUUGUUUCACCAAAGACGCAAUGAGAGGGUCUAGGUUCAGAGAUCAUUGAACAUUUGGUUGAAACGCUUAUCAGCAGAAUAUACGAGUGUUUUGCUCUGUGAAGGAAAAUACUGUUGUUCAUUUUUUCCUGAAGUGCUGUAUUGUACCGAAGUUGACAUGGCUCUUCUAGUCCACCUUAAGACGAUCCGGGACCUUCGUGGAAAGGGGGACAGAAUCGCCAAAGUAACAUUUCGAGGUCUGUCGCUCUACACGCAUGUGCUGGAAAACUGUGAGGAUGAGGCCAGAUUUGAUGAGACGUUCCGAUGGCCGAUUGCCAGUAGAGUGGAUGAAAAUGAGAUGCUGGAAGUUCAAGUGUUCAACUACAGCAAAGUCUUCACCAACAGAGUCAUUGGAACCUUCAAGAUGGUUCUACAGAAGGUGGCAGAGGAGGGCCAGCUAGAGGUGACAGACACACUCAUCGACGACAACAACACCGCCAUCAGGGCCAGUGUUACCAUAUACAUCAAGUACACGACGAUGGAUGGGACUGUGGGGGUUUGGAGUGACGGAGAAUUCCUGGACAUCCCAGGUGACCCGGAGGGAACGUUCCAGUUUGAGACGGACAGUCUGCUCUCCGGACACAGCCAGGGGUCAGGAGUGUCACAGGGGCGAUCCCUCCAUGGAAUUCCCACUUUUAGGAAAGCGGGGAAGGGGGUAUUCUCAGCCAUGAAGCUCGGCAAGACCAAGAGCUCCAAGGAUGACCACAAGAAAGAUGAGCCAGCCAUCUUGGACAUGGAGGAUCUGAACAGGAAGGCCAUGCGUCUGGGGGGGGUGGGGGGUCUGGACCCAGACUGCAUCUCCCUGGCCUCCGUCACUGCCGUCACCACCAAUGUCUCCAACAAGAGAUCAAAGCCUGAUAUCAAGAUGGAGCCUAGUUCUGGGAGGCCUGUGGAUUACCAGAUUAGCAUCACAGUCGUUGAGGCAAGGCAGCUGGUUGGCCUUAACAUGGACCCUGUGGUCUGUGUGGAGAUUGGGGACGACAAGAAGUACACCUCCAUGAAGGAGUCCACUAACUGCCCCUACUACAAUGAGUAUUUUGUCUUUGACUUCCACGUCCCACCAGAUGUCAUGUUUGACAAGAUCCUGAAGCUCUCCGUGAUCCACUCUAAGAACCUGCUGCGGAGUGGCACCUUAGUUGGAACUUUCAAGCUGGAUGUUGGCACAGUCUACUCCCAGCCUGAGCACCAAUUCUACCACAAGUGGGCCACACUGUCUGACCCUGAUGACAUCACGGCCGGCUGCAAAGGUUACAUCAAGUGUGACAUCGCCGUGGUGGGGAAGGGGGACAACAUCAAGACUCCCCACAAGGCCAACGAGACUGAUGAAGACGACAUAGAAGGGAACCUCCUUCUUCCAGAGGGUGUUCCCUUGGAGAGGCAGUGGGCACGGUUCUACGUGAAGAUCUACCGCGCUGAGGGCCUUCCCAAGAUGAACACCAGCAUCAUGGCCAACGUUAAGAAGGCCUUCAUAGGGGAGAACAGAGACCUGGUGGACCCCUACGUACAAGUGCUCUUCGCCGGACAGAGAGGGAAGACGUCGGUCCAGAAGAGUAGUUAUGAGCCGAUCUGGAAUGAGCAGGUGGUCUUCACUGAGAUGUUUCCUCCGCUCUGCAAACGCAUGAAGGUCCAGAUAAGAGACUCCGACAAAGUCAACGACGUCGCCAUAGGAACACACUUCAUUGACCUGCGAAAGAUCGCCAAUGAUGGUGACAAAGGGUUCCUGCCCACCAUGGGCCCAGCCUGGGUCAACAUGUAUGGCUCCACCCGCCAGUACACUCUGAUGGAUGAGCACCAGGACUUGAAUGAGGGGCUGGGGGAAGGCGUGUCCUUCAGGGCCCGCCUCCUCAUCUCCAUUGCCGUGGAGAUCCUGGACACCACCUCCACUGAGAUUGUAAGCUCCACCGAGGUGCAGGUGGAGCCUGUCUCUAACAUCUCAGAGAGUGUUACAGGGAAAAUAGAGGAAUUCUUUCUGUUUGGUUCCUUCCUGGAGGCCACCAUGAUCGACAGGAAGAUCGGUGAUAAGCCAAUCAGCUUUGAGGUCACAAUAGGCAACUACGGCAACCAGAUAGAUGGAGUGAGCAAGCCCUCGGCAGCUAAGAAGAAGAAGAAAGAGGGAGAAGGAGGAGGAGGAGAGAGUGAUGAGGAGGAGUCAGAGCUGAUCCAGCAGAACUCCAGUGAAGACGAGGCAGAUGAUGAUGGGGACCUGGUGUCUGUGUCCUCCUCCCCACCCAUGAAACCUGUCAUAACAGACAGGAACUACUUCCACCUGCCCUACUUUGAGAAGAAGCCGUGUAUCUACAUCAAGAGCUGGUGGCAGGACCAGAGGAGAAGACUUUACAACUCCAACAUCAUGGACAAGAUCGCUGACAAACUGGAGGAGGGUCUGAAUGAUGUGCAGGAGAUCAUCAAGACAGAGACAGCCUAUCCAGAGCGCAGACUCAGAGGGGUGCUGGAGGAACUCAGCACUGGCUGCAAUCGUUUCGUCACUUUGGCCAACAAGGACCAGAACCAGGCAGGCAGAACCAAACUGGACAAAGAGAGACUCAAGUCCUGCAUGAGAGAGAUGGAGAGCAUGGGCCAGCAGGCCAAGCUGAUUCGCUCCCAGGUGAAGAGGAACACAGUGAGAGACAAACUGAAGAUGGUUCAGAACUUCCUGCACAGGCUACGUUUCCUUGCCGACGAGCCCCAGCACAGUAUCCCAGACGUGUUUGUAUGGAUGAUGAGUAGCAACAAGCGUAUCGCCUACGCCCGCAUCCCCUCCAAAGACAUCCUCUACUCCAUCGUAGACGAGGAGACAGGCAAGGACUGUGGCAAGGUCAAAGCUGUCUUCCUCAGGCUGCCUGGUAAGAAGGGGUUUGGUCCAGCCGGGUGGACAGUGCAGGCUAAGAUGGAGAUGUACCUGUGGCUGGGCCUCAACAAACAAAGGAAGGACUUCCUGUCUGGCCUGCCCAACGGCUUUGAAGAGAACAAGGCUCCGAGGACAGGCUCGUGUCUGCAGUCUUUACCCCCUAUCAGUCUGGUUUAUAACAUGAAGCAGGUAUUCCAGCUGAGGGCUCACAUGUACCAGGCCAGGAGUCUGUUUGCUGCAGACAGCAGUGGCCUGUCAGACCCUUUCGCCAGGGUCUUCUUCUCCACACACAGCCAGGUCACUGAGGUCCUGAGUGAGACUCUGUGCCCUACGUGGGAUCAGCUGCUGGUGUUUGAUGAUGUUGAGCUGUUCGGGGAGGUCGGCGAGCUGCGAGACGACCCACCUAUCAUUGUGGUAGAGGUCUACGACCAGGACACUGUGGGCAAGGCAGAGUUCAUUGGUCGUACGUUUGCUAAGCCCAUCACUAAGAUGUGUGACGAGCACUACGGACCCCCGAGGUUCCCCCCUCAGCUAGAGUACUACCAGAUCUACCGUGGUAACUCUACCGCCGGUGACCUGCUGGCUGCCUUCGAGCUGCUACAGAUUCCCUAUGACCAUGAGGAGAUCAGGAGGGCUCUGAUUGCUGUCCAUGACUUUGCAGUUCCUCAGAUUAAGAUUGGGCAAGGGGGGAGGGCGGAGCUUCCUGCCAUCAAUGGUCCGACAGACUCGGACCGUGGACCCAUCCUCCCUGUGCCAAUGGGCAUCAGACCUGUCCUAAGCCGUUAUCGCAUAGAGGUUCUGUUCUGGGGCCUGCGGGACCUGAAGAGGGUGAAUUUGGCCCAGGUGGACAGACCCAGGGUGGACAUAGAGUGUGCAGGGAGAGGAGUCCAGUCUGCACUGAUCGUGAACUUCAAAAAGAACCCCAACUUCAGCACACUGGUCAAGUGGUUCGAGGUGGACCUGCCAGAGAACGAGCUGCUCCACCCUCCUCUUAACAUCCGGGUAGUGGACUGCAGGGCAUUUGGCCGAUACACCCUGGUGGGUUCCCACGCCGUCACCAGCCUACGACACUUCAUCUACAGCCCCCCAGACAAGACGCAAAACAACUGGGCCAGCGCAGCUAGACUGAUGAAUGGCUACAUGGUCCUGACCAACGGGGGGUCCCAAUCUCGCCCCUCCUCCCCUUACUCCCGCACCCUGCCCUGUACCCUCUCUCACCCCACAGGUGAUGUCAUAGUCAACAUGGGUGCCAACCCCUCAGUCAGGAAAAUGGACACGGUGGUGAAGUUAGAUGCUUCGUCUGAUGCAGUAAUUAAAGUUGAUGUGAAUGAGGAGGAGAAAGAAGAGAAGAAGAAGAAGAAGAAGAAGAAGAAGGGAGAGGUGGAGGAGGACGAUGAGACCGACGAGAGAAUGCUGGACUGGUGGUCCAAAUAUUUUGCUUCCAUCGAGACACUGAUGGAGAUCCUCAGGGCCCAGGAGGCAGCUCUGGCUGAGGCCGAGGAGAGGGAGGAGCAGGAGAUAGCAGCAGAGGGAGCAGAUAUCAAACCUGAUGACCUCCCUGUAAAAGGCUCCAAGGGUAAGGAGAAGAGCCGAGACAAGAGCAGGAACAAGGACAAGAAGAAGAGUCACCAUGCAGGAGAGGGGACAGAGAAACGCCCCAGCAAACCCAAAGUGAACGAGCUGCUGGUGUACAACAAGGAGUUAGAGGCAGAGUAUGAUAACUUUGAGGACUGGCUCCACACCUUCAACUUGUACAGAGGGAAGGCAGGGGACGACGAUGAAGCAGCCCUGGAUGACGACAGGAUCGUGGGCAGAUUCAAGGGCUCCAUGUGCAUGUACAAGCUGCCUCUGUCUGAGGAGAUCACCCGGGAGGCGGGCUUCGACCCUAACAUGGGCAUGUUCCAGAGCAUUCCACACAAUGACCCAAUCAAUGUGUUGGUGCGAGUCUUCGUGGUCAGGGCCACAGACCUCCAUCCUGCUGAUGUCAAUGGGAAAGCGGACCCCUACGUCGUCAUCAAACUGGGCAAGUCAGAGCUGAAGGAUAAAGAGAACUAUAUCUCCAAACAGCUCAACCCUGUCUUUGGCAAGGCGUUUGACAUGGAGGCUACGUUCCCCAUGGAGUCCAUGUUGACCGUGUCAGUGUACGACUGGGAUCUGGUGGGCACUGAUGACCUCAUCGGGGAGACCAAGAUCGACCUCGAGAACCGCUACUAUAGCAAACACAGAGCUACCUGUGGCAUCGCUAACAACUAUUCUGUGCAUGGUUACAACAUGUGGCGUGACCCCAUGAAGCCAAGCCAGAUCCUGGCCAAGCUCUGUAAGGAGGGCAAGCUGGACGGACCCCACUACGGCCCCGGGGGAAGGGUCAAGGUCGCCAACCGUAUCUUCAUGGGUGCCACAGAGAUCGAGGAUGAGACUGGUCUAAAGAAGCAGACAGAUGAGCACCUGGCGCUGACGGUGCUGAAGCACUGGGAGGAGAUCCCUAGGGUGGGCUGUAAACUCAUCCCAGAACACGUCGAGACAAGACCCCUGUUCCACCCUGAGAAACCUGGCAUCGAACAGGGGCGGAUAGAGAUGUGGGUAGACAUGUUCCCCAUGGACAUGCCAGCACCUGGACCCGCCAUUGACAUAUCACCACGGAAACCAAAGAACUUUGAGCUGCGUGUUAUUAUUUGGAACACUGAUGACGUAGUUCUAGAGGACGAUGCUUUCAUGACAGGAGAGAAGAUGUCUGACAUCUAUGUCAAGGGGUGGCUGAAAGGGCAACAGGAGGACAAACAGGACACAGAUGUCCACUACCACUCUCUGACAGGCGAGGGGAAUUUCAACUGGCGCUUCGUGUUCCCCUUUGACUACCUGAUGGCCGAGGAGAAGAUUGUCAUCUCUAAGAAGGAGUCCAUGUUCUCCUGGGAUGAGACAGAGUACAAGAUCCCUGCACGCCUCACCUUGCAGGUCUGGGACGCUGACCACUUCUCCGCUGAUGACUUCCUAGGUGCAAUAGAGCUGGACCUGAACAGGUUUCCCCGCGGGGCGAAGACAGCCAAGCAGUGUUCCCUAGGCAUGGUCCAGAAUGAGGCUGAGCUGCCCUGCAUUUCCAUCUUCAAACAAAAGAGAGUCAAGGGCUGGUGGCCAUUCGUGGCCCGCGAUGAAAACGACGAGAUGGAACUCACGGGUAAAGUGGAGGCGGAGCUUCAUCUGAUGUCGGCAGAGGAAGCGGAGAAAAGUCCUGUUGGUCUGGGACGCAAUGAGCCUGACCCUCUGGAGAAACCAAAUCGCCCGGACACCAGUCUCAUGUGGUUUGUGAACCCUCUGAAGUCCAUCCGCUACUUCAUCUGGCACAACUACCGCUGGCUGAUCCUCAAGGCCCUGGGCCUGCUGCUACUGCUGCUCCUGCUCGGCCUCUUCCUCUACUCCUUCCCUGGCUACCUGGUCAAGAAGAUGCUGGGGGCCUGAGAGAACGUCGACCCACCAGGGCCACCGGUAGCCCCCUCUCUCUGUCCUAUCCUAGCCUCUCCUCUCUUGUCCUCCGUUCCGCAUUUUCCGUCAGCUCCUCUUUCCCUCUCUCUGUUCUCUCCUCUGUUCCUCCUUUUCACCGAACCCAUAUCGCUUCACUCUCUGUCUUUUCCCUUCUCACCUCUUUCCUCUGCUUUCGACCACCUUCCUUUUCCAUAACCUCUUUCUUCCAUCCCUCAACCGCUCAUCUCGUCCUCUUUUUUUCCCCCCAGGUAUGUCUCAGUCUUUGUCUUUCCUCAGAUAUACAGAGAUUGUCUCUGGUAGCUUUUGCUGCAUCCCUCCCCUUUUUUUCUUUGCUCUCAGCAUCUUCAUGUCCCUGUCUCUGUCCCCUAUACUGUCCUCUGUCUCUGUCCCCUAUACUGUCCUCUGUCUCUGUCCCCUAUACUGUCCUCUGUCUCUUGUCGCUCAACCUGCCAGUGUCUGGUGUCAAUCCCGAGUCUUCCAUUGUGCAUCACACUGUCAUUACACUGGCGGCUUCAGGGGAAAUACUUUUUAAUAUGUAGCUGCGUUCAAGCGAGCUGUCAAACAAACACCAUCUAAUUUUACAUCUGUGUCUCCAUCGUCUGAGUCUCCAUCGUCUGUGCUUCCCGAUUGUGCGGUGGUUCUUCUGGUUCUGUAUAAAAUAAAAAAGAACAUUGCUAUUUUGUAAACAGGGUUGUUUGUGUAGUAGGGUGUGGAGAAAUUGUGAGCAGUUAGAAAUAGUGAUACAUCAUAUGGCUUACGAACCACUAACGCUUGCUCUCCUCUUUCCUCUCUUUACCCUGCACUUUGGCCCCCAUUACCACUGUUUCCCCACCCCACCCACUACCCUCCCUUUAAUCCACUCACCCUUCUGUUCCCCACCUCUACCUCUCCCACAACCGCCCCCAUCUACCCCAUAUCUUUCCCCACUUCCUUCCCUUAUACCCUCCAUCACACCCUUUUAACCCUCAACCCCCAUCCCACCCAUCCCAUGCCCCACUAUCUACCCCUCUAUUCUCAUCCUUCCCCUCUAAUCUUACAC